AUAGAUCAACAUCUGUGUUCUAUACACUUAUUUCCAUCUCCUAUAUAAGUUCUUGAUUGAAUCUAACAAGGUUCGAUUCAAAAUCGAGUUUUAUCUCGAUCAUGACGACUGAGACGAAGCCGUCAGAUCAAAACCCGAGGGUUAAUGCUAAAGUUGACGGUGUUAGUAGGAGAACAAAGAGGAAAAGACGUUGCCGCGAAACCAACAUGACCAUGGUACGAUCUCCUCCAGUCAUGUUUCCGACCUUGGUACGAUCUCCUCCAGUCAUGUUUCCGUUGCAGAGGUUGUAUCUAUCGUGUUUAGAGGUGUUUAAAGGCGUUGGCACUGUUCCUUCACCUGCUGGUGACCUGAUGCUCCGCGGUAUUCUUGAUGGUCUGAUGCCGGAGGAUAUCGGACUAUCGAGGAAUCUGCGAUUCCUUGAUCAUGAUAAUACCGUAUUUUACACCAUGAUAUGUCAGUGCGAAAACUUUUUGUUGUAUGCUCUCCUUUUACCGGAAAAUGCAGUCAUACCUCUCCAUGACCAUCCAGAAAUGACUGUUUUCAGCAAACUUUUGGUUGGAAAAGUGCACAUAAAAUCAUAUGAUUUGGUUAAUCCUGAUGUCAUUGAUAACCCUCCACCCUCAUCUCAAUUGAAAUUGGCAUGUUUGAAAGAGGAUGGUAUCUUCACAGCCCCAUGCAAGACUUCUGUACUGUAUCCAACAUCAGGAGGAAAUAUACAUGCAUUCACGGCUAUAACACCAUGUGCAAUUCUUGAUGUGGUUGGACCCCCUUUUUCUAAAGAAGAUGGUCGAGAUUGUACCUACUACAGAGAUGUUUCACAUGCCAUUCCACCAAAUGAAAAUAUGUUGAAGAAAGAAGAGGAAGGAAAGGGUUAUCGAUGGUUAGAGGAGAUUGAAAUUCCGCUAGAGUCGCUGAAAAUGGAUCGAAUGGAGUAUCUUGGUCCUGAGAUCAUUGAGGUUAGUCAAUAAGUAUGGUGUACCAUGGAAGAUCAAUAACACAUGUAUGCUGUUCUCUUCGUAAUGUUUGUGUUUUAGGUUUAUCGUUGGUUUGUUGUACAUGACUAAAUGUUUCUAAUGUAGUAAUGUGCGUAUUUUGUUUUCCACUCAUA